GAGCAGCAAAGAGCUGCUGUUGCAGCCAGUGAUCAUCAGCAGGGAGGGAGGGGAUUCUCCCCCUCUGCUCUGCUCCUGGGAGGCCCCACCUGGAAGCAUUGCGGUGAAGCAGGCCGAUGAGAUUGAGAAGAUCUUGUGCCACAAAUUCAUGCGCUUCAUGAUGAUGAGGGCAGAGAACUUCUUCAUCCUACGCAGGAAGCCCGUGGAGGGCUAUGACAUCAGCUUUUUAAUCACAAACUUCCACACGGAGCAGAUGUACAAGCACAAGCUGGUGGACUUUGUCAUCCACUUCAUGGAGGAGAUUGACAAGGAAAUCAGUGAGAUGAAGCUUUCUGUCAAUGCCAGGGCCCGCAUCGUGGCAGAGGAGUUCCUCAAGAAUUUUUAGGCUGUGGUGCAGGACCCUGUGGCUCCCCUGUGCUUGUGCCCGCCGGGCACUGUGCCUGUGCCUGCUCCCGCUCCCUGAGGACGGCCGGGCCGGGCCCUGC